ACUCUCCCCCUUUCCUCCCUUCUCUCCUACUCUUUCCCUCCUCUUUUAACCCACUGCUCCCACAUAUAUACCUCUCGAUCCCUCGUGAUGGGCUCGUCUCCCGUUGUAUCGGUCGAUAGCCAGCGAUGGCCAAGCACGGCGGCGGCAAACACAGGAAGCCGGAGAAUCUCGGCAACGGGAGGAUCACCCCCGUCCAGAUCGCCUUUAUAGUCGACCGAUACCUCGCCGACCACCACUUCACUGCCACCCUCGCCGCAUUCCGUUCCGAAACCUCCGAUCUCUUCUCCAAAACCAAGGUCAAAGAGGUGCCGAAGGGGUUGAUGGGACUGGACGAGAUGCUGGACGAGUACAUCAGCCUCAAGGAGCAGCGGGUGGUGUUGGAUGAGGAUAGGCGGAGGGUGGAGAUGGCUUUGCAGGGGAUGCAGGAGGUGCUGCGGUUGUACCACUCCACUGGGACCGCACAUCUCCCCCCGCAACCUCUCCUCCCUUCCCAGUUCGUGGCCGUCCCCUUGACCCCGAUCCUUCCCGCAUUGUACUCCGGCACCAGCGGAUCCCCUGCAGUAAAUAGAACACCAGUCGUGAAGUAUGCACAACCAUCCAUCAAGCUUGCUCACAAAUUAGAAGCUAACAACUCAUCACCGAUGCCUAGUUCUUCGAAUGGCAGCAAGAGAAAGGCCUUGAAGAUGUCUUCUUCGAAUGGCAGCAAGAGAAAGGCCUUGAAGUUGUCUACAAACUUUCCUUUAGACCCGAAGAAACCGCGUACUCAAUCACCUGCUGCAUCAUCUGCAACUGGAGGUGGUAACAUCAUUUUUAAGAGCACUUAUGUACACUUUACAAUGUUCUUGUUCACAAGAAUUUAUAUUUUCCUUGCACCUUCAGAUGUUGCAUUGUCCUAUCAAGAAACAGUGGCCAUGAGAACUUUUAAAAAGGUUGAUAUUUCAGCUUCCAAGUCAACACCAACUAAUUUUCCGACAAAUAAGCCUCCCGUUCGAGGUUUGCCUGUGGGAAAAGGCUUGUUCAGUCAACCAUCUGAUUGCCAGGUCGAUUCCUCCCCCAGAACACCUCCACAAGCACUCCAAUCUCAAGCUCAUGAAUCAGAUUCCCCAUCGGACAAUACACCUUUAGCGAUCACUGAUGGUGGCAACUCCAAGCAGCAAAUUGUUCCAUUCAAUUGCUCCACAUUUGCUUCUGAAACUCUCAUAGUCAGCCCUAUAAAACAUGCAGGGUGUUGUGCUGUUGAGAGAAGCUACCAUAUUUCUUCACCCUACAAUCUAAAUUCAAAGAGCAAAAGGGGGCAUAUAAAAGGGAAAUUAGACUUUGAUAACCCUGACAUCGAGACAAGUUCAGAAGAACCAGUUGCUGUUGACAGUUUGACACCUUCAACUGAAGGGGAAAUGUCUGGGAACUUUGAACUUGAUCUUCCAGAUUUAGACAUCUUGAAUGGUGAUUUCUCCUUUUCGGAACUUUUAGCUGAUAUCAAUCUCGACUGUGAUGGACAGCAUUCAUUUGCUCAUUCAGUUCUAAGCCAGGAGGAUGAUGCUGGAAAUGGAUGUUCGAAGUCAGAUCAAUUUGAUUGCUCUUCUGUGACACCAAUCGAUGUGGUCUCUGACAAUGAUGCGAACAUUCAAGGUUAUUAAACUCAUUCUUCAUUUGAAAUGCUCACAUACUUAAUUCUCACCUGCCAUACAUUGCAUUCCAUGAAACCAGAUCCAGAUUGUGUAACCUCUGUGAAAACUGUAACUACUUUUGCCAAAAUUCCAAAGUCCUCUGCUUCUCUUCAUCUAUCACAAGAUUGAUUGAGCGUCACCUAGUAAGGUCUCAUUGUGGAUCAAUUUACAAUUAGAAGUGGAAGAUAUGCUUCAUAUGAUCAAAAAAAUUCACCAGCAAAUGAAUAACUAGUCUGCAAGUGCUAACUGAAGUAAUUUUCUUUAUCUCCCAUAUUCCAUGUUCAAUUUAUUCU